UUUUCUUGGGGCUCCCUAGGGAAACAUCCUUGAAAGAGUCUUGGUACAUCCUGUCAGGAAUGACGGUGACAUCAGCACCGGUGUCGACUUUGAAAGUUACGGGAUUGUCUCAGAUGUCGACCAUGACUUUCCAUCGCUGUUCAUCUAACGACGCCACGGAGCCAAGAAGUGCCGCCUCAGACGUUGUUACUUCCCCGAGGGCACCAGAACUCCUGCAAACCCGUCGCCAAGCUCUGCGAAAAAUCCUUCGGGCGAACAAAACGCUCCUGGACGCUGAAGCGCUUCGUGCAAGCUUUAUUUUAUUGUUUGCCGGUUUCCACGCAAAGCAGUGUCGCCUGCAGGUGAUGAUCGUUGCUGCCGCGCCUUACAUAUGUUACGAUUUUUUCAGCUUUACAAAACAGUCCUAAUGCUAUAUGGUGGGACAUUUUGACACUCACUGCAUGUUUUCAUACACACAUUGACAGCAAUGAAGAACUCUAACCAUACACAGUGACGAAUCGGGACCAGGUCGCUUUACGCUCAAGUCCACGUAAGGACACGCCUCGUUUA